AUGUCAAUCGCAAAGUUCUACAAACAGCACGAGGAACGCCUCGGGCGCGUGUUUGAGAUAUACGGACGACUGGUCAGUCGUUAUCCAGUAAUCAUCAUCACUGUCUGCAUAGCCCUGAACUGUGCCGUGUUUGGCUUUGGCGUCUUUCACCUGGAGUCUGAGACAGACACAGAGGUCUUGUAUACUCCACGUGGAGCCCGAGCCUACGACGACAAAGCACGUCUCGACAAACUGUUUACCGACAAGUCCGGGUCCAACUUUUUCCCUCGAGGAAUCACAGGACUCAAUAAGGAAUGUCACGUGAUUGUGCAGACGAAAGAUGGGUCCAAUAUUUUGACACCAUCAUAUCUGGAUGAAGUGAAGCGUGUGGACACAUUUGUAAGAAAUAUCAACCAAACAAAGAAUGGAACCAUUUCUACUUUUUCUGAAGUUUGUGCCUUACGGAAUGGACACUGUGUAGUCUCAGGAGAUUUUCUCUUUACUGCCAACUUUAUGGAACAUCUUCUGAUGAAAAAUGUCACGUUCCCAAUAUUUUCCAGAAAUGUCAUUAGUACCAAUUUCGGAGACAUACAAUCUUCUAACGGGACUCUUGAAUUCUCCUCGAUGAUUUUUCUACGUUACUACCUACGACAAGACACGAAGGAAGCCUUAAGGAGAUCAGCGGACUGGGAGAAGAUCUUUGUAGAUGCCAUGACCUCAUUUGAUUCACCGAUCAUCUCAGUUGCUUAUGCGGCCUCCAUUUCAAAAGACGAAGAAUUAAGUAAGAACAUUAGCGGUGAUUUGAAGUUCUUUUGUCUUACAAUUUUGAUAAUGUUGGUUUACGCGAGUUGCGCGACCUCUGGCGGAAACUGUGUUUCAGAGAGACAAAAUCUUGGUCGCGCCAGUGUUUUAGCUACUUGCCUUGCUAUCGCCUCUUCACUUGGACUGCUCAGUGUCAUCGGGAUAAAGUACGUAGAGAUCGUUGGGAUAAUGCCGUUCCUCGUGCUAGGAAUUGGUUUGGACGACAUGUUUAUUCUGAUGUCUUGCCUGGCUGAUGCAGACGUAAAGAGUUCUGUCGAAGAGCGAAUCAUGCAUACUAUGAGAACAGGGGGCGUGGCCAUCACCAUCACGUCUGUUACCGACUUCCUGGCAUUUGCUAUAGGAGCUACUUCCGUAUUCCUUGGAGUGCAAAACUUCUGUCUUUUUACUGGUACGGCUAUCAUCUUUUGCUACCUAAAUCAGCUUGCCUUCUUCAUGCCGUGUAUGGUUAUCAACGAGAGACGUGUAGCUGCUAGAAGACACUGUGCCACGUGUCUUCCCACCAAGUCCAGGCAAGAGCUCGUUGCUGAAGGGCAUUCCAAAUGUUUAGCGUUGUGUUGCGGUGGAGAAGCCCCGCGCAUUCGAAGUGAUAAUGAGGGACUUCUGGAGUCGUUACCGAAGUAUCUUUUGCAGAAAGCGCUGGCGAGUUCGGGAUUCAGGGUGUGUUCUAUUAUCCUGUUUAUCGGAUAUCUGUCAGCAGCUGUAUUCGGUUGUGUACAUUUAAGGGAAGGUCUACUCCUCAGCAAUAUUGUCGACAAAAGUUCAUAUUAUCACACAUAUGCUAAACUGAUAGAAGAUCAUUUUACAAUUGAAGUUCCGGUUGCAUUUACCUUUACCUCGCCCCAAAAUUACCAUGAUCCAAUGUUACAACAGAAAAUAGCUGAAAUCCUUGCAAUGGCAAGACGUGAUCAAUAUGUGAACUCUGACCUCGAAAUUAACUGGUUACGUGACUACGUAGCAUCUACCCAGUACAAAGAGGGCAAUAAAUCGGAGUUUGUGACUGGUCUCAAACGGUUCUUAUCCGCACGUCCAGAUCAUGUGAACGACGUCAUAUUUGACCCAACUUUAACUGAAAUCGUAGCUUCACGAUUUUACGUAAUUUCUAAUGACGUCACCUCUACAAAUGACCAGGGAGACAUGAUGCUCAACGUUCGCAGAAUUGCCGAUAAUUUCGAACUUCCUUUGAUUGCAUACAGUUACUGGUUCUUUGAUUUUGAACAAUUUGCCGCCAUAUUGCCGAAUACGUUAACAACUAUGGGUAUUGCGAUCGUUGUAAUCUGUGUGAUGACGAUCUUAUUCAUGCCUCAUCCCUUUCUGAUCGCUUGUGUAACGAUCACCAUGACAACGAUCCUGCUUGGUGUGUGUGGGUUUAUGUACUACUGGGACAUGACAUUAAGCACAGUUACCAUGAUCGAACUCAUCAUGUGUAUUGGCUUUUCUGUCGACUCCAGUGCGCACAUGUGCCACGCCUUCAUCACAGUGCAGGGAAACACCCGCGACGUACGUGUAAAUGCGGCACUCGAGCGUGCGGGGGCUCCCGUCUUCAAUGCUGCUCUUUCUUCUAUUAUCGGGAUCACACUUUUGAUUUUCUCCUCCUCCUACAUCUUCAGAACAUUUUUUAAAAUGAUGAUACUUGUUUUCCUGUUCGGACUCGCUCAUGCCGUCAUCUUGUUACCUAUAUUGUUUUCUAAAUUUGGUCCAAUCAGCGUUGAGGACAAGGAAGACGCCCCUAAGGCAUCUGAUAAGCUUCUGACCACUAAACAGAAAACUAUCCUAAACAUUAACCAAAAAGUAUGA